CUCACAUAGCAUAGCCCUCACAGGGUCGACAGCAUCUCUCCAAAACGAACUCACAAUCCAAACACACUAAAUUCCUUUUAAACUACAGAAGAAGACAAUACUUCAGCAGAGAUGGGGCUCGGAUUGUUCUGGAACUUCCAGUCCAAGACUAGCUGCACGGUUCCACAGAGCCUGCUGCAGACAAUGUUGCUCUCCAGGAUGGCUGGCAUGAAGGAUCAGCAGUUCACUGAAGAGAAACCGCUACUGCCAGAAUCCAGAGGACAGGAAACAGAGAUGGCUACAGGACAGUGUGUCCCCGUGCUGCCCUCUGCUACACCCUGCCCCCAAGCGGCUCGCCCCCCCAAGCGCUGGCAUGCGAUGGCCCGACACUGGCUCGGCAUGACACGCCGUCGGACCAGCGGGUACAUCUCGGAAAACUGCGAGACCUUCGUUGCCCCGGGAGACUGGAAGGAACAUGACAUUGAAACCCCUUAUGGGAUGUUGCACGUGGUGAUCCGUGGGGCUCCCAAGGGCAACAAGCCAGCUAUCCUGACCUACCAUGAUGUUGGGCUCAACCACAAGUUGUGCUACAACACAUUCUUCCACAAUGAAGACAUGCAGGAGAUCACCAAGCAUUUUGUGGUAUGCCAUGUGGAUGCCCCUGGUCAACACAUUGGUGCCCCACAGAUGCCACAAGGGUACCAGUACCCCACCAUGGAUCAGCUGGCUGGGAUGCUUCCUAGUGUGGUGCAACACUUUGGCUUCAAGAGCAUUGUUGGAAUUGGAGUUGGGGCUGGUGCCUAUAUCCUUGCCAAAUUUGCGCUGAUUUUCCCUGAUCUUGUGGAGGGUCUGGUUCUUCUCAACAUUGAUCCCAAUGGAAAGGGCUGGAUCGACUGGGCCGCCACAAAAUUGUCCGGACUCACCAGUGCUUUACCAGACACUGUAUUGUCCCACCUCUUCAGUCAGGAAGAGCUAAUGAACAACACAGAGGUUGUACAGAGCUACCGUCAACAGAUCAAUAACACUGUCAACCAGUUCAACCUUCAGCUCUUCUGGAACAUGUACAACGGCCGCAGGGAUUUGGAAAUGAACCGCAGUGGCUCUGUUCUGAAUGCCAAGACCUUGAGGUGCCCGGUAAUGCUGGUGGUUGGAGAUAACGCUCCAGCUGAGGAGGGAGUGGUUGAGUGCAAUUCCAAGCUGGAUCCAACCAACACCACAUUCCUGAAGAUGGCUGAUUCAGGCGGAAUGCCUCAGAUUACACAGCCUGGAAAACUCACAGAGGCAUUCAAGUACUUCCUACAGGGGAUGGGUUACAUUGCUUAUAUAAAGGAUCGGAGAAUGAGUGAGGGGCCAGUGCCUUCAGCCAGUAUGACCCGCCUGGUUCGCUCGCGAACGGCUUCUCUGACCAGUGCCGGCUCCGUGGAUGGCUCUCGCAACCGUGCAUGCACACAUUCGGAUAGUAGCGAGGCUGUCGGGCAGGUUAGCCAAACCAUGGAAGUUUCCUGCUGAGCCUGCAUUCAUUUCCACUUCCUGCAUCACAACAUGGAAAGACGGCCUGAGAAGAAUAUAUUCCAUGUCCUUUUCUCUCAAUUUGUUUUCAGUGUUAACCCCUUUUAACCUGUAAAACAAAGACUUGAUGUCGUUCUGCCUUUUAGAACAGUGUUUGGUUCUCCCCAACUUUGUAACAUGUUUUCUUAUCACCAGGGUCCAAAAUUAACUGCCCACACCUGCCAAUGGCGAGUGAAUAAAAUUUUUUGUUUUAUCCUCUUUUAGCUGUUUUAGUACUUGCAUUUUAGUGACAAACAACGCAGGUCAUUGUGUCACUCGCAGCCUCUGGGUAAAACUGCACCAGUCACAAAUACAUGAAGAUGACGAUCAUGAUUUUGUUCCAAAUAUAUUUGUUUUGAUUGCUUAAUGUGAGGAAUAUUCACAUGGUGUGUGGGGAAAAAAAUAACAACGUUAGGCAUCCUAGAUAAACUUCUGAUGGUACAUUUUGCACUAAGGUAAAAGUCAUAAGAAGGUGCACAAAUCAGAUUAUCAUUCUUACAGUUUGACUUAUACCAAGUAUUAUUGCUGGAAACUUUUUAUUUAAUUGGCAAAGCCAGUUAUUACUCACAUUUGGCACUUGGUGAGUGUUAAUUUUGGACCCUUCCUUUUCGUGUCAGUACAGUAUAUCUGCACCCUUCUUUUGCUGCCUCUGGCCUUCACCUCCUCCUAAGACAAAACUACAAGUCCCAUCAGCCCCUGCUCUCACUCAUUCCUGUCCUUUGACAGUCUUUGUGUGUGUGUAUGUGUGUGUGUGUGUGUGUGUGUGUGUGGA